AUGGCAAGUAAGAACUUAUUGGUUGUGCGACUUCAACCAAAGGCAGCUCAAACAAUUGAUUUGAGAGAUUGGAGUAGUGGAAUAUGUGAUUGCUUUGAAGAUCAGCGAUCAUGUUGUCUAACAGGAUUCUGUCUGCCAUGCUAUCUGUGCCAUAUGUAUAAAAAUAUGGGUGAAGCGUGUUGGCUACCUGCUGUUGGUAGUGGAGCAUUAGAAAUACGCAUUAAGCAUCGUACUAAACACCAAAUCGCGGGUUCGCUAGCUGAUGACUACUGCCUUAGUUUUUGGUGUUGUCCUCUAAUGAUGUGUCAACUGGAGCGCGACUUGCAGUAUGUCAAGUCUCUGGGAAUCGAAUCAUGA